UCGUGCUUCAGUGCUGAAUGGCUAGCUCCUUAGUACCUUCACAACUAACUGUUACUCAUGAGCAGCUUCUCGGUGCCCGGGGAGGUUGGACAGGCCUCCAGUUUGUGGUUAAUUGGAAGGUCUGCCGAUGGCGUUCAUCAGGGGUGAUCCCAAAUGAAAAGAUACGAAAUAUUGGAAUCUCAGCUCACAUUGAUUCUGGGAAAACUACGUUAACAGAACGAGUGCUUUACUACACUGGCAGAAUUGCAAAGAUGCAUGAGGUGAAAGGUAAAGAUGGAGUUGGUGCUGUCAUGGACUCCAUGGAACUAGAGAGACAAAGAGGAAUUACUAUUCAGUCGGCAGCCACCUAUACCAUGUGGAAAGAUGUCAAUAUCAACAUUAUAGACACUCCUGGGCACGUGGACUUCACAAUAGAAGUUGAAAGGGCCCUGAGAGUUUUGGAUGGCGCAGUCCUUGUGCUCUGUGCAGUUGGAGGGGUGCAGUGCCAGACCAUGACCGUUAAUCGCCAGAUGAAGCGCUACAAUGUUCCGUUUCUAACUUUCAUUAACAAACUGGACCGAGUGGGCUCCAACCCAGCCAGGGCCCUGCAGCAGAUGAGGUCUAAACUAAAUCAUAAUGCAGCAUUUAUGCAGAUACCCAUUGGUUUGGAGGGUGAUUUUAAAGGUAUUAUAGAUCUUAUUGAGGAACGGGCCAUCUAUUUUGAUGGAGACUUUGGUCAGAUUGUUCGAUAUGAGGAAAUUCCAGCAGAAUUCAGGGCAGCCGCAGCUGACCACCGGCAGGAGCUGAUUGAAUGUAUUGCUAAUUCAGAUGAGAAGCUUGGUGAGAUGUUCCUGGAGGAAAAAAUACCUUCAAUUUCUGAUUUAAAGCUUGCAAUCCGAAGAGCUACUCUAAAUAGGGCAUUUACUCCUGUAUUUUUGGGAAGUGCCUUGAAGAACAAAGGAGUUCAGACUCUUUUAGAUGCUAUUUUGGAAUACCUUCCAAAUCCAUCUGAAGUCCAGAAUUAUGCUAUUCUCAAUCGGGAUGAUGACUCAAAAGAGAAAACCAAAAUCUUAAUGAAUUCCAAAAGAGACAAUUCCCACCCAUUUGUAGGCCUUGCUUUUAAACUGGAGGCAGGUCGAUUUGGACAGUUAACUUACGUUCGCAAUUAUCAAGGAGAAUUGAAGAAGGGUGACAACAUCUACAACACGAGAACAAAAAAGAAGGUGCGGGUGCAACGCCUGGUUCUCAUGCAUGCCGACAUGAUGGAGGAUGUUGAUGAAGUAUUUGCUGGAGACAUCUGUGCAUUGUUUGGCAUUGACUGUGCUAGUGGAGACACAUUCACAAAUAAAGAUAAUAGUGGCCUUUCUAUGGAAUCAAUUCAUGUUCCCGAUCCUGUCAUUUCAAUAGCAAUGAAGCCUUCUAACAAGAAUGAUCUGGAAAAAUUUUCAAAAGGUAUUGGCAGGUUUACAAGAGAAGAUCCCACAUUUAAAGUCCACUUUGACACUGAGAACAAAGAGACAAUUGUGUCUGGAAUGGGAGAAUUACACCUGGAAAUCUAUGCUCAGAGGAUGGAAAGAGAAUAUGGCUGUCCUUGUAUCACAGGAAAACCAAAAGUUGCUUUCAGAGAGACGAUUACUGCCCCUGUCCCGUUUGAGUUUACACAUAAAAAACAAUCAGGUGGUGCAGGCCAGUUUGGAAAAGUGAUAGGUGUGCUGGAGCCUCUGGACCCAGAGAACUACACUAAGUUGGAGUUUUCAGAUGAAACAUUUGGGGCAAAUGUUCCAAAGCAAUUUGUGCCUGCUGUAGAAAAGGGAUUUUUGGAUGCUUGUGAGAAGGGCCCGCUGUCUGGUCACAAGCUCUCUGGGCUGCGGUUUGUCCUGCAAGAUGGAGCACAUCACAUGGUUGAUUCCAAUGAAAUCUCUUUCAUCCGCGCAGGAGAAGGUGCCCUUAAACAAGCCUUGGCAAAUACAACAUUAUGUAUUCUUGAACCUGUUAUGUCUGUGGAAGUUAUAGCCCCAAAUGAAUUUCAGGGAGCAGUGAUUGCAGGGAUUAACCGGCGCCAUGGGGUAAUCACGGGACAGGAUGGAGUCGAGGACUAUUUUACACUGUAUGCAGAUGUUCCUCUAAAUGAUAUGUUUGGUUAUUCCACUGAACUUAGGUCAUGCACAGAGGGGAAGGGCGAAUACACAAUGGAAUACUGCAGGUAUCAGCCAUGUUCACCGUCUACACAAGAGGACCUCGUUAAUAAGUAUUUGGAAGCUACAGGUCAACUUCCUGUAAAAAAAGGAAAAGCCAAGAACUGACUUUCCUAAUUUUAAGUUGACUAACUUUAACUGUAUCUGCAAGGUUUAGAUACUUUAAUGGAUUCCAGUGGAAUGAAUUUAGGCAGAAAUAAAAAAUGUUAGAAGCCCUUUCUAUUAUGUUCAGAAGCUUCUAAUAUAUCAAAGUUAAUUCUAUGUAUAUCUCAACUCUAUUGACUGGCUUUGUAGUUCAUUGAAAAACCUCAAAUAAAAUAUGAUUAUUACUGAAAUAUAUUUAAUAUUUAUUUUAAGGGGGUAAGAGACCUAUAUCAGUUAUAUGUCUAAGCUUAGAAUGUUUGUAAACUUCCUUUCCAGUUUUUUUAUCAUAAGAAUUUUUAACAUAGAAAAGCCAAGACAAUACAAAGAACAGCCAUAUACCUUCCAUCUAGACUCCACAAUGAACAAUUGUUCAUUGUUAACAAUUUGUUAAUCAGACAGUAUUUGACAUGUUUGCUUUAUCUGUUGUUCAUCUGUGUGUCUCAUACUUUUAUAUUUUUUUUAAAAAAUUGUUUUGGCUAAACACUUGAAAGUGAAUUGCACAUAUCAUGACACUUCUUGUAGUGUCAUCGUUUAAUAAGAAGGCUUUUUUGUUUAAGAAAGGAUUUCAUAUGAUCUUAAUGGAGAACAUUUUUCAGGUUCUUCAUUAGGAUAUUAAAAUGCCAGCUAAAUUUCUAGCUGUUUUACAUAGAGCUGAUUGCUUCAAUUUGUGAGUUCUGUGUGAAUUUGUAGCUACCUGUUUUUAGGAUUGUAAAUGUUACUUUCUGGUGGACCUAUGAGUUGAAAAACAGAUUCUUGCAUAUACUAUUGUCUGUGUUCAUCUUAAUAUUUCUGCAGCUCUAAAUAAUAAAAUAUAACUUUCAAGGUUCCUGCCUAGUCAGUUUCAUUCACCUACUAAAUGCUGGUUGAAUUUGAGUCUGUUGUAAUUUAUCAUAUAUUGGAUUCAUGGAAAUUGUGAAAGUGUAAAUGUUAAGCUUUGUUUUUAGAAUAAGUUGGAAUAGUUGGACUUCCUCUGCAGUUCUACCAUAUUCAAAAUUCCUUCAUCCAAAAGUCAUGUGAUGUGAUAGACAUUAUAAUUCUUUCCCAUAAUGAAUGAUAGAAAUAAAAUAAUUUUAAAAUUC